AUGUCACCGAUUUUUGGCAAUCCAUUUAGAACACCUUCUACUUCAAAAUAUACACUGCCCUUCAUGAAAUUUCUAAGUCGAACAACACCAGCACCAAACCAAGUUGCUUCUCCACAUAUAUAUUUAUCAAGUUCUAAUGGAAAAAGCUCGGAAAAAACAAAUGAUUGCAUUUAUGCAAAAAUACUAGUAAUAUUAACACAAGAAUUUGGUGACGACUUGCUUGCUUUAUUUGCUCAUGGCUCAAGAAUAUACGGUAACGCUUGUCCUCACAGUGAUGUAGAUGUGGAUGUUUUAAUAAAACCACAUAAAAAAUGUCGUAGAAAUAUAAUUGAAAUGUUUAUUCACCCACCAACACAUAUACGCAAUGUUUUAAAGAAUGAUCCAACCGGCAUAUUUUUAAAGUGUUAUGCAUUUGGACGUAUAAUUUAUGAUCCAAGCAAUAUACUUCCAACAUUUCAAAAUUUAGCCAAAAGGCGUUGGGAAGCAGGACCACCAGCACUAGAGGAUAAAGAUAGAUGGAGACCAAGGUAUGAAAUAGCAGAUUUAUUAAGAGAUUUAGAGGACAUAGACUAUGUACAAAAUGAAGCAACGGCGCAUUUUCUACUGGUUAAACUCGUUGAAAGAUUAGUGAGGAUACAAGAAAGGUUAUGGAAUAGAUGGCCAGAAAAAUUAAAAAGAUGUGUUGAAGGAUGGGAAACUUGGGAUGAUAGUGGUGGUAAACUUGCAAAAAAAGUAUUAAAUUCAAAUGUCAAAUGGAAUGAAAGAUUGAUGUGUGCAAAAGAUUUGGCAAAAUAUGUUUUAGGUCCAAUUGGAGGAAUUAUGCCUACAGAAUGGAAUAUGGAAUGGGAGGAAUUACAAGAAUCAUAUAAUCCUUUUACAAUACCAAAUAUAAUACCGAAAUUAGAGAUGUGGGCAUAA